AUGAGCGUCCUUCCAUGCAGCGUCCUCUUGCUCCUCCUCCUCCUCUCCCUCCCCACCCUCACUGAGGCCAAGCGGCAGCCUGGUCAGGGGAAACCCGACAAACCCCGCCAGCCUCCGUCAUCGCCCCCACCGGCCAAGAGACCCAGAAAUCGCUCUGUGCCCGGCUCCGGAGAGCUGACCACCAAGGAGGGACAUCGCUGCACCUGGCAGACGUCUGGCGAGGGCCUGGUGAGCCUGCUGGUGAACUGCACCACUGAAACACUGGGAGAACAGCAGAGGUAUUGGUGUCGUUACGCAGGUAAACCGGACCUGUGCCAGGCUUAUGGGGUGAAGUCCAGUCAGUACUGGAAGCAGCUGGUGGGGAAGCUGAAGAAGAGACAGAACGCCUGUGAAGGAGAGAAAGUCCUGAAAGCCAAAACCUGCAAGAAGGCGCCUGCCGAGACCCACAUGAAGCUCGCCCAACGCAGCGGGGAGGAGGAGAGGAAGGGAGGAAAGGAAGGAGGGAAGAAGAAAGGCGUGCCAGCCAGUAAGAGUUCAGACGGAGGGAAGGCAGAGAGGAGGAAGAAGAAGGAGGAGGACGACGAAGAGGAGAAGAAGAAGAGGGAGGAGAGGACUGGGUAUGAGGAGGAAGGAGUGAUGAACGACAUGGAGCCGGUGCAGACGUACUGCAGCGAGGGGUGGCACUCCGUCUGCUCGUUCUUUGUCAGGUUUUUUGAGGGUUGAUGGGAAAUUAUGAAGGAAAUGUGAAGCUUUUUGAAACAUGAAGGCUCGAGUUCACAAUCUGAAAACAACCGAAAUAUUCUUCUUUUAAUCAAACUGGAAGCACAAAGCACCCCACGUGUAAAAGCGUUUCUGAUUUUAUUUUCACCUCUGAGCUGUGUAAGUUUAAAGCGCUCGACUGUGGCUCGGAUUCGGUCAUGAAACAAUAACCUUCGUUCAUAUUUGUGAUGGACUUUUUAAAAAAGAGGCCCGUCUGCAUCUAAUUCACAACUUUAAAAUGGAACAAUUUGGCAAUCUGAAUUAUCCUUAAUCCCAUCGACACUGA